CCAGGAUUCGGUCCCCAUAAGCUUUAUCAGUUUGGCAAAACAUAUGGAAGGAUGACACAUGACAUCAUGGCGAGACAUCCUGUCGCAGGAGAAAGAUUUGGCCAGAUUUUAUGUUGUGACUGUAAUCGUAACGCAAAAAGGGACGACAGCUUUCACGUCUGGCAGCAUGAACAUUCCACAUCCGAUCCUAAGUUUAGAAUCGAUAUGGUACCAGGAUACACAGGUCACGUUCCUAGAAAAGAUUCACAUUGUGGUGAAGGAUAUCAAGAAGAGUGUAAGAAAGGAAUCUCCGAAUUCGAAAGACUAAAAAUGGAUGAAAAUGAUAGACAAAAAUCGAAUAGGUACAUACCUCCAGAAGAUAUUUUGCCCAGAACAACAACAUUUCCUUCGAGGCUUUGUGAACGUCCGGAGCACCGAAAGAUACCAUCGUACGCUACCUUUACGAAUCCCAUGAAUUAUGGACAGUCUGUUUAUGAUAUGAGCGACUUGGAUCCCAGAAAGACAUACAUGCCAGGGUACACGGGUUAUUACACUGGUAAAUGCUUCGAUAUGGGCGUCACUCACAGUCGAGGUGCUCACCAAGACCUCUGCGACUUGACGAGCUCGAAAUUGGAGCGGUUAGUGGCCGAGAAACGACCCAAAAUCAACGAUUGGUAUCGCUGCCCCGUGCUCUACCCACCUCAACCGCCAGUUAUGGAUGGAUAUCACCCUCCGGAGUUCCAGCCUUGCAAUCCAGUGCCUGGGUAUGCUGGACACAUCCCAGGUUACAGAGAUUGCGGGCUUGGUCAGUCUUUCGGCAGAUCAGCAGGAAAUAUUCUAAGACAACGGGAACUGAUGUUCUACGAUGGACUAAGGAAACCAUAAUAAAAAUUAUUUUACGAU